AGCACAUGUGAGACAUCAAAUGUGAAAGACAUAGGAUGCAACACGCUGGAGGAACACUGAGCAACACAUCCAAACACUAAGAAUGAGUGAAAUCCCUUUAGAGUUUGAGCUUCAUACAUCAGUCCAGCCAUCUUCACAGGCAGAAUCUGAUGGACAGUUUCAGCCUCCACCUCUGUUUCAAUGGCCUGAGCCCCAAGAUCAACAAAACCAACCCCACCCUGACCUACAAUCACCAGAGUCUAACCCUGAGUACCCGCACCAAGCAAAAUCAGCGUUGAAAAACCAUCAAAGGCUGCUGCUCCUCGUCCUGGGAUUCUCCUUAUGUGCCGCCAUUGUGGGAGUUAUUUACUACAUGCAUCAAAAUCUUCAAAACAGGAGAAAUAAUCUUGCAAACACUGAGACCCCAUGUGUCUCUCCAGCCUGUCAGAGGGCCUCUGCCCGUCUGUCCAUGUCGGCGGAUCCCUUCAAGCAGCCCUGUGAUUACUUCUUGUUCAUGUGUGGGUCUGACAGACUUUCAGCAGACAGUGGAGGGAGGCAGAGGGGUCAGGGCAUCCCUGGACAUCCACAGAACAAGAAUAAAAAGGCAGUGUGGCCAAAGAGAGGAGAGGAAAAUAUAGCAAGAGAAGACAGAGGACUAAGAGAGGAGAAAAUACUGGACAGAAAAACUACACAGCUGCAAUUUCUCAAGGAGAUUUUGGAAUUAAAUGAUGGACAGAACAGUACAGCGGUGCAGAAGGCCAAAGGAUUUUAUCGUUCCUGUUUGGACACAAAAUCCAUAGAGACUGCUGGAGCAGAGCCCUUCCUAACUCUAAUCAAGAAACUAGGCGGCUGGGCAGUUUCAGGAGGGUGGAAUAACACAGAUUUUAAUGCCACUCUGAGUUUGCUGAUGAGGGAUUACAGCACUUUCCCAUUCUUCAACCUCUAUGUGGGCAAAGACCCAAAUGACACUUUACAUGGGACAACCAAAAGAUACAUACAGAUAGAUCAGCCAGAUCUGUUGAUUCCCACUGAAUGGAACAGCAAGACGCAGAAGUCUCAAGCCAAAACAAAGACAUUACUUCCAUUCUGGGCAUCAUGUCAGAGGUACUUGGCUCUAUUGGGGGCCCCGCCCAGCAGCGCCAUGAUCCACUUGGGCCCGUUCAUCUCUAUGUCCUCUGAGUUUGCUGUGGCAGCCGCACCUCUGCACUAUCGCCUAUCCAAAGGGCAGCUACAUAAUCGCAUGACCAUCAAACAGCUACAGAGCCAGGCUCCUGCCAUUGAUUGGUUGGGCUGUCUGCAGGCUGCUUUCCAUCCACUGCCUCUGACUGAAGAUGAUCCUGUCCUUCUGCAUAACUUACCUUACAUUGUGCAUAUGUCUCGCAUCAUUGUCAAAUGGCUGAACAAGCAGGAGCUUAACACCAGCCCACUUCAUACUUAUAUGUUCUUCAAUCUGCUGCACACACUGAUGCCUGCUCUGGACUCCAGAUUCUCUGAAACAGUGAGGAAUGUGUCUGUGUCUCCUGGUGACAGUGAUGGAGUAGCUCCUCGCUGGCAACACUGUGUGUUAGAGACAGAGAAAGGAUUUGACAUAGUUCUUAGAGACCUGCUAAGUAAAAGGACAGCACACAGAGAGGCAGAGGAGAUCAUCCAAAAUACAUUUUCCUCCUUCAAAUCCAAGCUACAUGAACUCAGUUGGACAGAUCAGGAGACCCACCAGCUUGUCAUGAAAAAGGUUCAGUCUUUAAAACCAAAACUUUGGACGACAAAAGAGGAGCCGGGAGAGGCUGAGCUUGACCGGCUUUAUUGUAAGGUCAUGGUCAACACAGAUAGCUUCUUCUCAAACUACGUUCAGCUACUGUCCUUGUGGCAAAAGAGACGAACUAAGCUCUUGGCUCAGCAGUCUGACGCCCCUGAUAUUCUGUCUGUCACACCACUCCUCCAGGGUGAUGAACUUCUCUUUCCAAUGGGAAUGUUUGUUCCUCCUCUGUUUGAUCCAACCUACCCUCGGGCGAUGAAUUAUGGUGUGAUAGGUUUCCUUAUGGCCAAAGAUAUACUGCAUUUGCUUUUACCUGACAUUUACUCUCAGAGUGAAACAGUGCAUGCUGUGGGAGAAUGUGUUUGGGCUCACUAUCUCACAGUGGCAGAAAAUGCAGGAAGAGGAGGGGGGGUUUCUCUCUCAGCGGUGCAGCAGCAGGAGGUCUGGGUGCAGUAUUCUGCACUGCAGACAGCACUGCAGGCUUAUCAUCACAGUCUAAAGGAUCAUCCAAAAGACACUUCUAUCUCGGGAAUAUCGCACAUUCGACUGUUUCUCACAUCGUUUUCUCAGCUCAAAUGUGACUCAGACCCAUACAGAGAAUUCAUGCCCCUGGAGCCAUCCUUCUUGAUUUCUGUCAUUUGUGCCACAUCUGAUCUGUGUCCUACAAGCUUACAGUGCCCCAAUAAAACCCAGCAACAUUCAUUACAAGCAUGCGGAGCAUAGCCCUGAGGGACGAGAGGGUUUCUGUCAACCUUUAACAUAAUGCACAUUAAGCUCAAUGUAUAUGCUGGAAAUCUGUUGUUUUACACAGAUGUUUAUUAUAUUAAUAUAAAGAGAGGACUGACAGUAUUUUCAAAACAAGACACCUGUUUUUUUUGUCUGCAGUUAUGGUUAAGAUGUUUGCAAUCCCAUAGAUUGUAUAAACUGUUCAAA